ACAUUCAGCAGAGAGCUUGAGUAUCUGGGAUUGGGAAUCAUGUCUCUGGAAGUCAAGGAAAAGACAGAGGUGCGAUUGGUGUUCAUGGGAGCUGCAGGUGUUGGGAAAACAGCCCUGAUUAAACGUUUCCUACAAGACAGCUUCGAGCCCAAACAUCGGCGCACAGUGGAGGAGCUCCACAGCAAGGAGUACGAGGUGGCCGGGGUCAAAGUGACCGUCAACAUCAUGGACACGAGCGGAAGCUACUCCUUCCCGGCCAUGAGGAAGCUCUCCAUCCAGAACGGAGACGCCUUCGCACUGGUCUACUCCGUGGACGACCCCGAAUCCCUCGAGGCCGUCAAGAGCCUGCGCGAGGAAAUCAUGGAGGUCAAGGAGGACAAGUUCACACCCAUCGUAGUGGUGGGCAACAAGACGGACCGACUGCACGAGCGAAGGGUGUCCGCGGACGACGUGCUGGCGAAGGUGGAGAUGGACUGGAACAACUGCUUCCUGGAGGCCUCGGCCAAAGACAACGAGAACGUGAUGGAGGUGUUCAGGGAGUUGCUCCAGCAAGCCAACCUCCCCAGCCUCCUCAGCCCGGCCUUGCGUCGCCGCAGGGAGACCAUUCCCAAAGACAAGGGUCUACGGCCGCCCAUGAACAAGGCCAACAGCUGCUCAGUCUCCUAAAGCCCGCGAGAGAAAGACGAGCGAGGACGGCGAGGGUCGAGGUUCUUCUCGACGCCGACGCUGAAGCAAAGCGAAGAUGUGGAAGGCUCUUUUAAGGCACAUGAAGACGCUUUUGUUACAUAGCGAAACUUCACAUAAUCCCGCUCCCAAAAUCAGCAUCCACCGCAGUGAUGAAGGGAAACAACGAUUUCAGAGAAAGGGGAGGAUGAUCAAAAGACAAUGAA